UCGAAAUGGCGGUGAAGGCGAACUGUGUCGCACUUCUGCACAAUAUUUCCGUGUGAACUUUUCACAUGAUGUUUAUGGUACAUUUCAGUAUCAUAGAUGGAUUGAAAGAAUUUAAAACUACUGAAAAUGACUACACUAGAGCUGUACACGAAGGGAGCUAGAGUAUGGAUCCCGCACGAUCAAGUUAUAUGGAUUGGCGGAGAAUUAACUAAAGAUUUAAAGGAGGAUGGAAUCUUGGAGAUAGAACUCGAAGACGGAAAUGAAAUUACUCUAGAUGUUUCUAAGGGAAAGCAGAACCUUCCUCCGUUGAGGAACCCAGAAGUUCUUGUUGGUGAAAAUGACCUUACCACCUUGAGUUAUCUACACGAACCUGCCGUGCUAUAUAACCUUCAAGUUCGUUUCCUGCAGUCCAAUGCGAUUUACACCUAUUGCGGUAUUGUUCUGGUUGCUAUCAACCCUUACCAACAGCUUCCUCUCUAUGGACCGGACAUUAUAUCUGCAUACAGUGGCCAAUCCAUGGGUGACAUGGACCCACAUAUUUUUGCUGUAGCUGAGGAUGCAUUCAGAGCCAUGGCAAGGGAUGGGCUGAAUCAGUCCAUCAUUGUCAGUGGUGAGAGUGGAGCAGGGAAGACAGUCAGUGCUAAGUAUGCAAUGAGGUACUUUGCAUCAGUAGGAGGGGCUUCUACAGAGACCCAGGUUGAGAAGAAAGUCUUGGCAUCUAACCCCAUAAUGGAGGCUAUUGGAAAUGCUAAGACAAUACGGAAUGAUAACAGUAGCCGAUUUGGAAAAUACCUAGAAAUAUCUUUUGACAAGAACUAUCACAUCAUAGCAGCCCACAUGAGAACAUAUUUGCUUGAGAAAUCCAGAGUUGUAUUUCAAGCUCCUGAUGAAAGAAACUACCACAUCUUCUAUCAACUUUGUGCUGCUUGUGAUACUCCUGAACUCAAAGAUCUUAGACUUGCACACCAAGACAACUUUUAUUACUUAAACCAAGGAGAAUGUGCAUAUGUGGAUGAGGUGGAUGAUGCUGAGGGCUUUGAGGAGAUGCGGGAGGCCAUGGAUCUGGUUGGAAUCAUGAAUGAUGAACAGCUGAUGAUAUUCAGGAUCUUGGCUGGUAUUCUGCAUAUUGGAAACAUUGAUAUUCAACCAGAAAGUGAUGAAGAAAGCACAAUUGACGACAAGGACUUUCAUCUGGCAGUGGCAGCUGACCUGUUGGGUAUUGACAGAAGCCAGUUUAAAAAGUGGCUGUGUAAUCGGAAGAUUGUUACAGUGCAAGAGGUGCUCAUCAAACCACUGAAUGCUGAGGAGGCUGAUUUUGGCAGAAAAGCCAUAAGCAAGCACAUUUAUUCUCAGCUGUUCAAGUGGAUUGUCCAGUGUAUCAAUAAUUCUCUCAGCAGUGGAGUCAAACAACACUCAUUUCUUGGAAUUCUUGACAUUUAUGGGUUUGAAACUUUUGAAGAGAACAGCUUUGAACAGUUCUGUAUAAAUUAUGCAAAUGAAAAACUCCAGCAGCAGUUCACACAGCAUGUUUUCAAACUGGAACAAGAUGAAUAUGUGAAAGAAGAGAUAGAGUGGUCGUUCAUCAACUUCUAUGAUAAUCAGGCUUGUAUUGACCUGAUUGAAGCCAAACUGGGAAUACUGGACUUGCUUGACGAAGAGUGUAAGAUGCCAAAAGGUGCAGACAGUUCAUGGAUCCAGAAACUUUACAAACAUCACAUGAAGAAGGAACACUUCAGCAAGCCACGCCUGUCACAAACAGCUUUUAUAGUGCAUCACUUUGCUGAUGAUGUGCAGUAUGAAAUAAGAGGCUUUGUGGAAAAGAACCGAGAUUCUGUCAAUCAGGAACAUCUAGCCAUUCUUAAGGCUAGUGAGUACGAACUGGUGGCACGAGUCAUUGAUUGCGCACAUAAUUAUGAGAUGGUUGGCGACUUAUUUACUGAAAAUGAAGCUCACAUGAUGCCGCGUAAGAGGACAACUUCCAGAACAGGAAAAAAUAUCUCCAAAUCCAAACGGAGUGUUGGAUCAGAGUUUCGUGAAUCGCUUUCCAAGCUUAUGGAAACCCUGAACAGCACAGUACCUCAUUACAUUCGCUGCAUUAAACCCAAUGACCGGAAGGCACCGUUUGAGUUCAACCCACAGAGAAGCAUUCAGCAGCUCAGAGCCUGCGGAGUACUGGAAACUGUGCGAAUUAGUGCCGCAGGGUACCCAUCUCGGUGGAGCUAUUAUGAAUUCUUCAACCGAUACCGCAUGCUUGUGAAGUUUGAGGUUAUUAACAGAAGAAAGCCGCGAGCCACGAUAGAAUUGAUAUUGAAGACGUACAUAAAGGACCCUGAUAAGUUCCAGAUGGGAAAAACAAAAAUCUUCUUCCGAGCUGGCCAGGUGGCUUAUCUGGAAAAACUCAGAUCAGACAAGCUUCGAGACAGUUGUAUCAUGAUUCAGAAGAAUUUCCGCUGUUGGAGGGAACACCGGCUUUAUCUGAGAAUGAGGCGGUCCGCGAUCUUAAUACAGGCCUGGGUACGAGGUUAUCUGGCAAGGAGACUUGCUCAGGAUCUCCGAGAAAAGAAAGCUGCGAUCACCAUCCAACGCUACUAUCGUGGUUAUGUCUGCCGUAAACAAUUUGUGACCAUUCGGGCGGCCGUCAUUAUAAUCCAGUGCUUCACUCGGGGUAUGUUCGCCAGAAGACUCCGCAUGCAAUUGUUGCACGAAGCCAAAACGAAAAUCAUUCAGCGGUGCUGGCGAAGAUACAAAGCGAGAAAGAAUUACAGGAAUUACAAAAAGACGAUUAUUUACCUUCAGUCUUGUGUGCGUAGGAUGAUUGCCAGACGAGAACUGAAGCAGCUUAAGAUUGAAGCGCGCUCUGUGGAACAUUACAAGAAGUUGAACGUAGGUAUGGAAAACAAAAUCAUCCACCUACAGCAACGUCUUGAUGCACAGGUUAAAGAAAAAGAACAAGCAAUGGUUGCCGGGCGAGAACUUGAAGCCACACGGAAAGAACUGGAACACGCCAAGCAGUGGAAAGGACAGUUUGAAUCAACACAGUCCAAGAUGCUGGAGUUGGAACUUGUCAUCAAGGAACUUAGGGAGGAACUGAACACGGUCAUUGUGGAGAAGGAUGAAACCGAGGAACGCGCCAAAACUGAAAAGGAAGAGUUAGAAGAGAUAAACAAGAGAUUGAGAGAAGAAUUGACAAACCUAACUGAAGAGCUUGCUGAGAAAGAGGCAAUUUCUGACAGAGAAGUUUCUCUCCGAGAUGAAAUCAUCAACCAAAGCCUUGAAGCUCAGAGACAGCAACUUUUAGCAGAAUUUGAAGCUGAACGAAGCAAUCACCAGAGAGUUUUACGAGAUUACGACCGACUGGAGCAACGCUAUCAGAAUUUACAGGAUGAAAUGGAGAUUGAAAAAUUCAGCCCUGUUGCUAAAAGAGAAUCUGAUGGCCUGAUAACUGCUAGUGGUUCAGAGAAUUCUUUAGAAGAUGCUGUUGAGAGGGAGCAGCAACAAAAUGAAAACGCCGAAGCUGGAAUGAAAAACAGCAAGCUCGUUCGAGGACUUAGGAAAAGAAUACGCGAACUAGAGGACAAAUUAUUGGAAUCUGAGCAAGUUCAAGCGAAUGGCGAUAUACCCAGUAUUACAGUAGAAACUACAUCGGAACAGAAACUGCCAAGUGAAAAUCAGGUUAUGGAAUCUGAAAAAUUUCAGCAAGUGCUACAUGAGAGAGAACAAAUGGAACAAGAGAAAAGUAGCCUCGAGCAGGAAAACAAAAAGAUAAAUUCUGAACUUGAACUUCUCAGAAAACUCGUGAGUCAAAGAAAUAUUGAUAAAGAGGCGGAAUGGAAUAUGAUAAAUGAGAAAAUGGAUGAGAUUUCAGCCGAUCGCGAGCAAAUAGAGAAUGAGAAAAACCGACUGAGAGACGAACUUGUGAAUAUGGCUUCCGUAGCUACUGACAUGCAGAAUGCGGAGGAACUGUUACAAACUAAUCCUGAUGAAAAUGCUUAUGUACUACAAGCCAAGAGUUUAAAGAAAGCAAACAACGUUCUGCAGAAUGAACUGCAGGACUUAAUUCAGAAGGAAAAGGAAUUGAGGGCAGCCAAUGAAAAGCUUUGGAAGGAAAAGGCACAGCUACAAAUGGGCCGUGGUCCGUCCUUGUCAUCCAUGGAUGGUAAUUUCAACAAAGAAGUUAGUCGCCUGGUAACAGAGAACGUGGAGCUCCGCGAACAAGUUGAAAAACUAGAGGCUGAGCUGGAAGAGUACAAGAAAGGUGGGACGACAGCGCUGACUCCAUUCCGAGGAAGAGCACAGUCGUGGAGAGGUGAAGUGGAGCAGAAACGGAGAGCUCAAAGUUUCUUAUCUGGUCAAGAACCAAAAGCUGGAAAGUUGGUUAUGAGGCAUGCCGGGCUGCUUAGGAAAUCUUCGCAUGCACAUAAGGAAGGGGAUCUUCUUCCUCCUCUGCCGCAAUUAAGACAACAAAAAAUCCGUGGAAUGAUCGAAUUUUCAAGCGAGGAUGAAGAUAAAGUUAUCAAAUUCCUUAUCACUGAUAUGAAUCCCAAAUCCAUGGCAGAUGCUACCCCAGGACUCCCUGCUCAUAUUCUUUUCAUGUGCAUCAGGCAUUGUGAUCACGUGAAUGAUGACCGGCGAAUGCAGAGUCUGCUGACCAGCAGUAUAAAUAGCAUCCGAAAAGUAGUCAAGAAAAACCCGAAUAAUCUUGAUAUCUUGGCAUUUUGGCUGGCAAAUACAUCACGGCUUCUUCACGACAUGAAGCAGUAUAGUGGAGAUAAAGCGUUUCAAGUGCACAACACUCCAGAACAAAAUCAACACUGUCUGAAAAACUUUGACCUGACGGAGUAUCGGCAGGUGCUCAGCGACCUGGCCAUACAUGUCUAUCAAGAUUUAGUAAAGUGUAUAUGGGAAGCUGUACAAAAUAUGAUAGUGCCUGGAAUGCUUGAGUACGAAUCAAUUCCAGGCGUAUCCAGUUCUAAACCAUUUGGUGGACGAUCCAAAGCUCAUGCUGACAUCACAGUGAAGUCCAUCACAAAAAUGCUGUCAAACUUCCUUGCCAUACUUAAUGCUCACUGUGUGGAUCCAGAAAUCAUCAAACAGGUUUUUAGACAGCUCUUCUAUUACAUUGGUGCAAACAUGAUGAAUAACUUGCUGUUAAGGAAGGACAUGUGCCAUUGGUCUAGGGGAAUGCAGAUCAGAUUUAACCUCAGUCAGCUGGAAGACUGGGUCCGCCUGAACCAACUGGAGGGCAGCGGUAUCGUGGAAGCUUUAGAGAACGUAAUACAAGCGACACAAUUACUCCAAGUCAACAAGAAGACGUUAGAAGACGUGGACGCGAUUUGCGAAGUCUGUAGUUCUCUUAACACCUUACAGGUUCAGAAGAUUUUGUCCAUGUAUACUCCAGCGAACGAGUACGAGGCCAGAGUACCUUCGUCUGUCAUUCGUGCUGUUGUGGAGCGCGGCCAUAACAAGACAGACCCGAUGUUCUUAAUGACUGAUACAGCGUAUAUUUAUCCCUUUACGCUGCCUUUCACUCCUUCAGCUGUGUCGUUAGAUUCUCUGACCAUCCCUGAUAAUUUAAACCUUGAUUUUCUUAGGGUGGUGUGAAGUAGGUGCAGUAAAGUUUGUGGUUAGUACUACGUGUUAGAAUUGAGGCUUUAGAUUGGGGCUGGACUUCCCCUUUUAAAUUUGGAAAUUUGUUCUCAUGAGGAAUACACAUGUCCAAGUUCUGUCAUUAUUGGGUACAUGUUGGUUCUUCAAAUCACUGAGAAUGCUUCGUGUCAUUACGAAGGACACAUAUAUUAAACUCUAAUAUAUAAUUUAGCGAGAGCCGUUAUUGGCUUCGAAGUUAAAGAACAAGUUAUGAAUGGAUAUAUUGUAUCUAAGUAAUCAACUAGAACAUUGAUCAAAGGAGACCUGUGAGUGACGAUUGUGCAGGUCUUUGAACCAAAUUUACAUUUAGAAUGCUACAUUGAUAGACACAAGAUAAGAUAGUACAGCCUAGUUAUUUCGCGCGAUAACGAAUAGCUUCUUUGCCUCGUAUGUUAGCAUCUAGCGCUUCUUUUGAGGAGACCUCAGCAGAUCUGGAAGUAGAGAGUUAAUGCACCCAUGUUUAACGUCCAACUGUGAAGAUGAAAUCGAUUUGACUGUAGGAACCGACGAAGCAUAUGAAUCGAAAAUUGUUUGGUUUGAACUAAUACUCAAUCGAAACCUACCGCUUAUUUUUUUUUUUCUCCCUCACUUUACACUGAGGAGUGAUGGGGGAGGGGGAGGAUGGAGCGAGAAAUAAAAUUAAUCGCACCUAAUCAGUUGUUGAAAAAAUUAUGAUUUUUUUUUUGUUUUUUUGUCCAGACGACAAAACGUUUAGGUUAAAUAAGUACCAUUCAAACCAGCAGUGACAGUUGAAAAGAAGAGCUAAGAGUUUUUAUGUUGUCAAGUGUUCUUUGUGUUCGGUGAUUUUUUUUUUAAGUGUUUAUAAAUUGUCGAUCAACAAAGCCGUUUCUUUUAACCUAACGGUAUUUUGUACUUGAAGAUAUUUUUUGCUUUUUUUUUGUGCUUAAUAUGUCGGUUCACCUUAAAAAGCUAUUUCAAAGAAACUGUUUCUAGUAAACCUUGAGUAAAAUUUAAGUUUUGUGGUUGCGUACGGCCUCUCAUCACGAGGGAAAAGAUGUUACCUACUGUAGAUCCACUUUGCAGAUGCAAAAUUGCGUGACCAAUCUUUGGCCUCUGUGACAACAUUGUGUAGUUGUCACGCAAAACUUCAGAUGGAACGCGUGACAUUGUAAGUUUUAAAGGUCACUGAGGAUAUUUUGAUGUAAUUUGGUGAGUGAUCAAUUUAAUUAAAUGGAAAUGGAAAUUGCAUUUGAUCACAACCUUAAUGUUACUUAUUUCGCGGUACUUGUUUUUCCUGAUUUUAGCGAUUUCAAUGAAACUCUUUAAAAUUGCCAAAUAAUUUGCAAUGCGGAAUUUUCAUGAACUUUUCCUUGUGGCAAAGGGGAAUUUGCAACCUUAUGACUAGGCGUAAAUACACCGUUUGAUUAGUUGAUAACAAAUCCUCUAAACAACAUGCCCAGGAAAAAAGUAAAUUAAAGGUUUUACAAUCGAUGCUUAAGUGACAAUACGCAUUCACAAGUGUAGGUUAUUUGAAUUGAAAACUGAUAACUGAAAAUUUCGAAAUAUUUUUGGGGGACAGGCGAGAGGAGUAUUUGUUUGAUGACGUGGAACAUGUGAAGUAGAUAAGGUAGCAGUGCAUGUGAAGCUAAAUUAUUUAAUGAUCACGAAACCAUAACUGAAAAUAAAUGUAUUUUUAUAGAA